AUGGCAGCCCAGAGUGUGAAGCUGCGACACGAGGCUCAUGGUGCUGGUGUGUUCUCUCAGCUCAGGCUGGGGACCAGGGCAGUCGUAGGAAACCAGUCAGCUACCCAAGUGGUUUCAGUCUGCCCUCUCUGCCCUGCCUCGGGGGCACGAAAAUUAAAAUGUGAAGCAAUUGUUGCUGACGUCCUGGAUAAAGGAUCCGGUUUAAUAAUGCUUAUGGAUGUCUACUCUUAUUCUGGGGAGGAACUUAUAUGUUAUAAUCAGUUCUCCAUCUUUGUUGUUGGCGCUGGAGGCUUUGGUGGAAAACGGACGUCAGACAAAGCUAAGGUAGCUGUAGCCAUACCUAAUAGACCUCCUGAUGCUGUACUUACAGAUACCACCUCACUUAAUCAGGCUGCUUUGUACCGCCUCAGUGGAGACUGGAAUCCUUUACACAUUGAUCCUGACUUUGCUAACUUAGCAGGUUUUGACAAGCCCAUAUUACAUGGAUUAUGUACAUUUGGAUUUUCUGCCAGGCAUGUUUUACAGCAGUUUACAGAUAAUGAUGUGUCAAGAUUCAAAGCAAUUAAGGUUCGUUUUGCAAAACCAGUAUAUCCAGGACAAACUCUACAAACUGAGAUGUGGAAGGAAGGAAAUAGAAUCCAUUUCCAAACCAAGAUCCAAGGAACUGGAGACAUCGUCAUUUCAAAUGCAUAUGUGGAUCUUGUGCCAACAGCUGAUGUUGUAGCUAAGACACCAUCUGAGGGUAGGGAGCUUCAGAGUACCCUUGUGUUUGAGGAAAUAGGUCGCCGCCUUCAGCAUAUAGGGGGAGAGGUGGUGAAGAAAGUAAAUGCUGUGUUUGAGUGGCAUAUCACUAAAGGUGAAAAUACUGCAGCUAAGUGGACUAUUGACCUAAAAAAUGGUUCUGGAAAAGUGUAUCAAGGCGCUGCAAAAGAUUCUGCUGAUGUAACCAUCACGCUUUCAGAUGAAGAUUUCAUGGAAGUAGUCUUGGGCAAGCUUGAUCCUCAGAAGGCAUUCUUUAGUGGCAGACUGAAGGCCAGAGGGAACAUCAUGUUGAGCCAGAAGCUUCAGAUGAUUCUUAAAGAAUAUGCCAAGCUCUGAAGGACAUACUAUGUUAUUAAUUACAAUAGAAAAAUUAAAUACUCUCUUCAACUAAAUAUGCAAAAGUGAUUUAGCAAAAAUGGUCAAAAUUAAGAUACAGGGGAAAUUGCCUAACAUUUUCAGAUUACAGAUCACUUUUCAGAUGUUCAUUUUCUACUAAUUUUUCAUGUUAUUACUUUUACAAGGAACUGUAAGCUGGCACAUGAUUAUCCUUCUGUUCUUAGACCUAUGUCUUCAUAAUAAUAAAGUUUCGCUCAAGUCCAA